GAGCCCUGCUGAUCCGCCCCAUGGGUGGCUCCGUCAGAUCAAAGGGGCCCUAUGGCCGUGGCAGCCGUAGCAUUUUUUUAGGUCCCACCAGAAAGAACGGCGGGAGUAUGAGGAUUUUUAGUUCAAACGAGCAGCUGAGGAGGGGUCACAGUUUCACAGUUCCAGACAGAGUUUCACAGUCUUCUGAAGCCAUGGCGGAUGCUGGGUAUGGCCUUCGAUUGACCACCUAUGGCCGUCUAUUGGUCACCUCAGAUGUUGAGGCCCAAAACUUCAUGCAAAACUUAGCCACUCCUCAAACCAGGAGAGAGGCUCGGAACGCACAUUUCCAUAGCAUCCAUAGGAUCCUGGGCAGGAUCGCGGGAAUCGUGAGAUCUCAGGGAUGCAAGCUGCUCCCUAUGUGCUUAGCCCUAGCUUUCGCUGUGGCCAUGGCGGUGAGGAACCUCCAAUUCAUCAAUGACCCGCCUCACCCAGAAAUUUUCCAAAAAUGGCUGCCGUGGUGGUGUGGGCCAGGCCUCACACCUGAGGCCUUGGUCUGGUCUGCUUGGACCCAGGCCAUCAUCCUCCCACUCCUUGGUGUCCUUGGCACGGCAUCCUUUAUCCUGCGCUUGGGAAGGUCAAAGAAUUUCACGAUGGAAAUGAUUAGCCUCCUGGCGUCCCUCUACAUUUUCUUGCUACUCUCCUCGGUGGGGUGGUGUCAUGGCCUCGCCGAGGUGCCGCCCACUGAGGAGCGGCAGCGCACGCUGAUUGAAGCGUCUUGGUUCUGCCACGUAGGUCUCCUUUGGUUGACGUGGCAGAAGCUGCGCCUUCUUGGGUGGUGGAGGGCGCAAUGGUCUUCUUGGACGAUGUGGUUCUUUUGGUACGCGCUUCGCGUGUUGCCUUCCAUUCUGAAACUGGCAUGGACGCUUGUUUUGCUGAAACUGGGAUGGACUCCGUGGAUCGGGGCGGCAGUCACGAUUGGCAGCUGGCUACUUCUGAUCCUUGCCACGGGGUUGCAGGCAUGGGCGUUAUGGGCGGCGGCAGACGAAGCAUUCCAAUUUCGAGAGAUUCGGAAGAACUGGGCAAGACAAGUUGAUCGAGAGGUCUUCUUUCUUCGAUGUGCUGCAGUUUUUAGCAUUUGGGAUUCACUCUCUAUGCCACUAGCGGAGCAUUUCAUUGUUCCUAUGAUUGGCUUUGGCUGGCACCUCGCUUUGGAUGCCUUUUUCAUGCUUGUCACGAUGCACGUACUUGGAUAUGAGGCCGACACUCUGGAAGAUAUAGGCGACAUGGCAAGACUCCAGGGCAAGCGAAUCGCUUUCCCAGGGAAGGUGAACCCAGAAGCCAAGGAUUGCAUCGUAAGCUUCCCGGGCAAGUAUAACAAAGAGUGGGAUGAUGCGGUUAAGGAAGCACAGGGACAGUCAAGCCUCUGCAGCUUGGCCUGUGUUUUCUUAACCGAUAAGCAGAGCGGGCUCGGCGACCACGUUGAAGAUCCUGAAGGAUGCGGAAGUUGUUUCUGCCAAGCACUCUAUGGGAACGUGGAUCCAGCAGCCUACCUCAGCGCAGUCGAGGAGGACCUGACGGAACAGAAGUUGUUGUUCCAGAAAAGCGAUGCUGAGGCCAUGGGCCAGGUUCUCCUCAUUCGGCAAGCAGAAAAUGAUGCUUCCUGGACCGCAAGGAAGAAAAAAGCACUCCUGAAAGCGGCCGACAAAUGCAAGGAGAACCGCUACCGCGCGCCAUGGGGGUGCCGUUGGUUUGCCGAGUGGAAAAAAAACGUGGACAAAGCCCGUAAGCAAGGGCAAAAGUUUCACGUUUUCUACUUUGAAGGGAAAAUGGGAUGUGGGAAAAUGGCUUGGGAGGAACUCAAUGAUGACACGAAACUGCAGGAGGUUCGCGAUAGCACGGGCCUAGGCAAGUCGCAAACCGCAGAAGUCGCAUGGUUAGAUCGCUUGCGCAUCCCCUACGAGGAGCACGAUGUGGGCUGCGAUCGCGCUAGACGCGACUUCUGUGACCGGAAGUGCACAACUGCGGUGCUUCAGAACUUCUUCUCACAAGGAACCUUGAUGUUGAUCCGGCAGAUGAUCAGAGGGUUUUGGGAUGGCGCGCCAAGCGGGUCGGUGCCAGAUUUCAGCCGAAAAAUUGGGAAGAACAGCUACACAACAAGUGGGAAUUGGAUUCUGAUGACCACCGAAAGAAAGGGCGUGUCAAAUCAUCCUGCCACCUUUGCCUUCAGCACUAAGUACCAGAUGAUGAAGGUAGCUCAGCAAUGCCAUGAUAUGACCACAGGUGGUAGGGGCCUCAGUGUCAUGGCACGCAGUGCCCGGGGCGACAAGUGCUCCUUGUGCGGCAUGGACAGAGCUUGUGACCUGGAUGCAACGGCGCCAGGUUUGGCGGCGAAAUGGGUGACCAAGGGGCACAACGCCCACCACGACGUCGACGAAGUUCCACGCGACCCGAUGCUAUCGGAGCUGGGCCAUGCGCAGGCGGCGAGCCUGCGCAGUGUGCCUUUUGUGAGUGCUGGCUGCGAACUGCUGGUGGUGUCACCCUUGAGCCGCGCCAUUCAGAUGGCCUCGGCCGUCUUCGGGGAGCUGCCGAUGUGCCGCACAGUGCUGACGCCGCUACACUCGGAGAGCGCCUUGGGUGGACCACGGCAGGGUGGUGGUUGCCUGGAUGAGACGCUGCGGCUGCGUUCCGAGAUCGCGCGGAUCAAAGCACAAGGUGAGAAGCUGGAGGGCGUGCAAGAUGCCUUGAAAGGCUUCCAAGCAGCCAAUGGAGUGCUGUGGUUCCAUCAAGAAGCAGGACCCGGCGUUUCCGCUGAGUUGAUG